AUGGCCGCAACAACAUCUUCAAAGGCCAAACCGGCUUCCAAGGCUGGCAACAGUGGAAAGCAAAGGCCCAGGUCGCAGAUGCACCGUCGUUCGAGAACAGGAUGCUACACAUGCCGACUCAGACGCAAGAAGUGCGAUGAGGGUGACCCAGUCUGCUCAGCCUGCAAGAAUCUCGGCCUGUCGUGCGAAUACAAGAGGCCCAUGUGGUGGGGCAACGCCGACACCCGCCGCCAGCGCAAGGAGGACAUCAAGAACAUCAUCAAGCAGAAGAAGCUGUCGGAGAAGUCGCACGCCAUGCCCACUGCGGCCGCCAACAUCAACCUCAACUCCCCCCCGAGCCUCAGCCACUCUGUCCCGACGUCGACGUACACGGACCCGUCGGAGCGCAACCGGUCCUCCUCGAUCGACUCUCACUUCUCCAACGGCUUCAGCUUCAACACGCCCCCCAACCCGGCCGGCAUCCACAGCGUCUACGGCGCGCACCUGGCCCCCAACUUCCUGAUCGGCGGUGCCGGCGCCGGCCCGGGCGUAGGCUACUCUCCCUACGAGAUCGACGUCAAGACCGAGAGGCAGAUGUUCGUCGACGACGUGCCCACGCUCAAGGAGUCGCACGUCUCGACCUUCAGCACCUUCCACACGCCCCCUCCGCCCGGGACGGUGCUCCCGUGCGGCGUCGGGGUCGACGACGGGUCCUCCUGGGCGGAGCACAUCCACCGCGAGCGCUGCGAGUCCCUCUCGGAGGAGACGUUCGACGUCAACUUCUUCGACUUUGCGCACCAGCACCACCAGGAUCCCCCCUCCCCUUCGUCGUCGUCGGUGCCGGCUCCGUCGUCGGGAUUCGAGUUCAGGGUGGAGCUGGAGGACAACGACCAGCGCCUGCUGGAGCACUUCAUCCAGGCCGUCCUGCCGACCAUCUUCCCGAUCCUCGAGUCCAACCAGCACGGCUGCGUGGGCACGGGGCUGAUCCUCCCGGCCCUGCAGAACAACCAGGUGUACCUGCACUGCUGCCUGUCCGUGGCGGCGCAGCACCUCAAGGGCCAGGUCAACGCCAUCAGCGCCGAGCUGGACCAGGACAUCAUGCGGCACCGGUACGCGACCAUCUGGUCGCUGUGCGAGGCGCUCAAGCGCGACGAGAACCACCAGGACAUACUGGAGGCGACGCUGGCCCUCAUCUUCUUCCAGUGCGUGGCCGGCCGCUGCGACGACGGCCUCCUCGACAUACCGUGGCACCAGCACUUCCAGGCGGCCGUCAACCUGGUGCACAAGCUGGCCCUGCCGCAGAUGGUGCUCGACCCGGCCCAGCAGGUCCUCCAGGCGCCCUUCAACAUGACCUUGACGGCCUGGAUCGACAUCCUGGGCGCCUCCAUGACGGGCGUCUCGCCCACCUUCGCCCACGCCUACCGCGAGAAGCACGUGGCGUCGGCCAACCCCAGCCUCGGCCUCCGCGAGCUCAUGGGCUGCGACGACCGCGUCAUGUACCUCAUCUCCGAGAUCGCCUGCCUCGAGUCCCUCAAGAAGACGGGCAUGGACGACUUCACCCUCUGCCAGCACGUCUCCCUCCUGGGAGAGCAGAUGACGCUGACCGAGAUGGAAUCGUCGUCGUAUCCGGGCUCCUCGGCCGACGUCGGCGGCGCCGUCAAGCCGGCCCUCAGCGCGGAGGGCAUCCUCUCGCCGAAGCAGCUGUCGCGCAACAUCACGACGGCCUUCCGGCUGGCGGCGCGCAUCUACCUCUGCAGCCUGGUGCCGGGCUUCUCGCCGAACCAGCACUCCCCCAUCACCCUGGUGGCCAGGCUGGUGGACGUGCUGGGCACGGUCCCGUCCGGACCGCACGGGUACGACCGCAGCCUGGUCUGGGUCUACCUGAUGGGCGGGUCCAUCAGCCUCCCCGACAGCGAGUUCCGGCCCUUCUUCGAGGACCGCGUCGGCCAGCUGGGAGAGCAGGCCCAGUGCGGCAGCUUCGGCCGCAUGCUCAACGUGCUGCGCGCCACGUGGGCGCACAACGACCCCCUCCAGGAGGCCAGGGCCACGCCCGGGUCUGACGGCUCGGAGGUGAACUCUACCCUCAUGCACUGGAGGGAUGUCAUGCACAUGAAGGGAUGGGAUUUCUUGAUGAUCUAA